UCGGAGUCAUUCGCCGCCUUGAAGAUCCAGGAUAACACUGAAACGCAAAGACAGCUCCCCUUUUCCUGGAGCCCUUUCCACGCCAAUUGGGAACACGUUGCUCCCGAUGUGCCUGCGUUUCUGUUCCGAGUUUGCUAUCCUGGUUCUUCUGGCAUGUUAUCUGGGAACUGGAUACUCUCACAGGAUGCCGCUCAACUCGACACGAAGCUCGGCAGUCAAAUAAGCAUGAAAUCUCGGACAGCUGCAGAAGUGGCCGAUGCUCUCAACCGACAUCUCUGGUGGCUGCCGAAGAGCCUUGGGCACUCAAACUUCGUCUCAUGGACAAGCUCAUUUUUAUUCGCGCUGAAGCUCAUCCAUAUCGUCAUUCUAAGUAUAACCCGAUUUCCUGAGUUGGUAUUCGUCCGGGACGCCUACCUCAUUGAUAGGUAUACCAAAUCGCUCAAAGAGGAUGCCAUAUCGUACAAGGACGGCUACCAGCAGAGCCUCGAAACUCUGUGGGACAUGCGUCAAACAGGUUACUACUUUGGCGAGUUCCUUUCGCAGGGGGCGCUUUGCAUUGAAGGCAAAUCCUCAAUUAACUGGCGCGGCGGUAUUUUUGAACUAUAUCCGGAAUUUUUAGAUGAUUCUAGUGAAUGGGCAAAUUGGAUUAAGAGGAGGCGUCAGCAGUGGAACGGGGAGUACGCCAAGCUUGACUCGCCACAAGCCACACAACUGUCGGAGCUUCUCGGCCUGUUCAACAGAGAUUUCCAGCUUCCUAUGGCUGCUAGCCUCCUUUGCCUACGAGCCAGGGACCCCGCAGACCUUGAGCUCCUCAUCUUCCUUGCCCAAUUCACGGAACAUAUCGACUUGACCACGUUAAAGCAUAACGGUGAUCUCAUCUGGAAGCGUUGGCGGUUCUUUAGCGACGAAUCUCCAUACGACUCCUUGGACCAAACUAUGCCCGAGCCACAACAAUACCUCACCUUGGUCAGAAACGUGGUUUAUUUGUUUCACGCAAAGAAAAUUUCUAGUUGUUCUCGUCUCCCGUCUCGAAAAGAUUGUCAAGGACAAUAA